GAUGGGCAGGGGGCUUGGUGAGUUUAGCCAGGGGCUCCGGGGUUAGCGACAGGGCAGGCGAUGCCAAAGAGCAAAGGACGAGGAGGAGAAGGAGCAGCGGGCGGGUGUUCGCAAGACAAGAGGAGGCUGAGGAAGGGAGGCAGCCGGUCAGCUAUCCCGGCACUCUUCACCAUCACUGAGGAAGAGGAGGGGCAGAGGCGAAGAGACGCCCGCAAGAGGAAGAAGAGAGCAUCUAACUCGCAGUAUAAGUCCGAGGAUGGAAGAGUGUCUUCAGCCACCUGUCCCAGCUCCUCAGGCUCCGGGCAGACCUACACCCCCAACCUGACCCCGACACCGGCCCCGGCCCCGAACCGCCCCGCCACCAGCAGUAGCCCGAAUAAUAGUAAUAAUAAUGCUGCCCCCAAAACAGACUCGUUGCUCUUCAAUAAGAUUGACGAGCGACAGAGGUUGGCCCGCGAGCGCCGGGAAGAGCGUGAGAAACAGAACGCUGUCAAGGAGGCCCAGUGGCAGGCCCGGGAGGAACGGGCCCGGCAGCACUAUGAGAAGCACCUGGAGGAGAGGAGGAGGAAGCUGGAGGAGCAGCGGGUGAAGGAGGACAAGAGGCGGGCGGCCGUGGAGGAGAAGCGGCGGCAGAAGCUGGAGGAGGACAGGGUUCGUCACGAGGCGGUGAUGCGGCGGACGCUGGAGAGGAGCCAGAAAACCAGACAGAAGACCAACCGCUGGUCUUGGGGAGGAGCUCUGCACACAAACACUCCCAGCACACCAGCAGGUUUUGUCGAGUCGGCUUUCCUCUAUCCACUCGACCUUGCUGGACUGGAGCACAUGCAGAGUGCUUUCAGUGUCUACCGCGGCUAUGGAAUGACCUCCCAAUAUGCUGACAGGCGAUCAGUGUCCACCAUGAAUUUAUCCAAACAUGCAGACCCUGUAAUUACCAAGCGCCUCUCCUCCUCCUCCGCCACACUCUUACACUCACCUGACCGAGGCUUAAAGAUGAGAACUGCCUCCUCUCCUGUCAUAAGCAAAUCUCAGUCCAAACUCCGAAUACAUCAGGAGAAGACCCCCCAGCAUAAAAACACAGGGUUGCGCCGCCUCCCAUUGACGCCGUGGGAGAGCAACAUCGUGCACCGCCUGCAGCAGCCAACACACUCCUAUCUGGCCCGGAGCCGCAGUGCCAUGAGUCUGUCUGGAGACCAAACAGCCAUGCCUGUGUGUCCUCGCUCAGUGUCUUGCCAUCCCAUGGGCUCCAUAUCCUUCAAGACCCUGCAGGCGCAGCCGCUCCCUCACUGUCGCAGCCACGACAGGAGCCUCAGCAGGGAGACGGCGUCCUCGUCCUCCGCCACAGCUCGCCGGAGGACCACCGGGACCACACGGCAACAGCAGAAGGAGCGAGACAACGUCAGAAAGUCAUGGAGCAACCUGUCACUUCCACUGGCUCCCGUUCUGUCGUUGCCCCCCAGCCGGCGCUCCGCCUCCCCGGGCAAGAAGGCCAGCAAAGUGACGGCGCCCUCUCCUGGCAGACCCCCACAGAAGCCAGCAGGGCGCCCUCCUACACCCAAGCUGCUCAAGUCUCCAGGAGCAGAAGACCCAGGAAACCUCCGUCCUCUCAGGGUGUCGGCUGAGAGCUCCAGCCCCUCGGAGGAGCAGCAGGUCCUCAGCCCCUCUCAGCCUCGGCCUCAGCCUCUGGGUCAGAACAAGUCUUCACCUGAGCAGCCGCCGGCGUCUGGAUCCAGCGAUGGCUUGAGCAGUCCCCCAGCUCAAAGGCCUUCUGCGGGCACCACGGACCCAGAGGAAGCCAGCCGCAUCCUGGCUGAGAAUCGACGGCUGGCCCGCGAGCAGAGGGAGCGGGAGGAGGAGGAGCGCAAGCAGCAGGAGGAGCAGGCCAGACUGGCGAAGGAGGAGAUGGCUCGGCGUAAGGCGGAGGAGCGAGCGAAGAGAGAGGAGGAGGCUCAGCGCCAGGCGGAGGAGAGGAGAAGAAAGGAGGAGGAGGAGAGGAAGGCAGAAGAGGAGAGACUUCAGAAAGAGAGAGAGGAGGCCGAGAGACAGAAAGAGGAGGAGGAGUCUCGGCAGAGAGAGGAAGCUGAGAAACUGAGGCAGGAGAGAGAGAAGCACUUCCAGAAACAGGAGGCUGAACGCUUGGAGAGGAAGAAGCGUCUUGAGGAGAUCAUGAAGAGGACCAGACGCUCGGACACGACAGAAAAGAAAGUCAGGAACGGAGACGAUGCAGUGACUCCUUCCUCUCCCGCUUCACCCUCUGUUACCGUGUCAUUAACGCACAACAGUAACGGCAACAGUGGCCAACCUGACCCAGACCACAACGCCACAGCACUGAGCCACGCGGGGCAGAGGGAGAACGGCGAGUUUGAAGAGGUGAUCGUACUGCCGGCUUCACAGUCCAGGCUGUCUCCUCCCGAAGGAGAGGAGCAGCAGGAGGAGGGGGGCGAGGGCGGGGAGGGGAGGACUCCCCUCAUCGCCUUCACAGAGAACGGCGUCCUCAAGCCGCUGGGUGGGAUGAUAUACCAGCCUCGGAGGGACCAGAUGUUGCCCGACGAGCUGUUCGGACACGACUCCACACCCAGAGAGGCGGAAGGAGAGGUCAGAGAGUGAGAACCAACAGAGCUGAGUCCAGGGAAAGACUCCAGAUCUCUCUCGCGCUCCCGCGACAGGCGAACGCCGCGGCCUCUCCUCCAGAUGACGCCUCCAAAGAUUUCCUCUGACCCGCCCCUCGCCUCUCCAGCUUCCACCAGAAUCACUCUGUCCUGAGGUGAAAGCGACGAAGACGGCGGAGCUGUAAAGUCUUCAGCCUCCAUACUUGAAGAGAUUUGUUGUUGCUGUAAAAAAAAAAAAAAAGAAAAAAACUAUAAUCAGCAGUGUGACUAUUAACUGGACCCGAUUUAUGGUUUCAUUUAUAUUUCUGUUUGUAACUGAAACCUCAUGUUUGAACAUUUCAGCUGAAAUCUAAAAGAUAUCAGAGCGUGAAGUGAAACUGAGAUGACUGGAAAGCGCCGGCUGAUGCCCGACACCCUGCCGGGUCGACGGCGUUUAAAACUAGAGGUUAUUAUCGGGGUGAUGGAGUAUUACGGAGGUUAGGUUUAUUAAUGACAAAAUGAAAAUGCAGUUCUCACGAAAAACUGAGAAUUAGGAUGUAAACUUAAGAUUUUUUUUUUUUUUUUUUUAGUUUUAUUUAAUUGCUGUACAGAGAAAAUGUGAUUCUUUUUGCUCUCACCCAUCUUCACUUUCUUUUUCAAAUGUUAGGAGGAUAGAACGGCUUUGGCUUCUGGUCCCGCCCUUUAUUUUCUCGACUUUGCCCGUUACGUUUAUACCGUCGGCGCCGCUCCGGGUCGCUCUGACAGAGGUUAGAAGACCUGGUGUGUUGAAGCAGCUGACCUUUGUUUUGACCAAGCAUUUACAAAAUGGAUUAAAAUGAUUUCCUGCUGACGUCAAUGUUAAAAGAAUCUGAUUAAUUUGACCUUUUUGAUGAAGGAAUUUACUAAAAAAAAAAAAAAAAAAACAAUGCUGCUAAUGUUGACGUCCUUUUGCCUUAC